AUGGCUCCAGAGCCUCUCUUUAUCUUUAGGCAGUACUGGGUUCAGAAUAACCAGGUUGGUACCCGAUCUUCCGGUGAAAGGUUGAAAGCACUCGGUGAUCGGGGGAAAACAACCCGAACUGGGGUGCACAGUGGGCUUUGGCUUCGGUCAACGUACGAAAUUGAAAAGUCGCCUCACCAGGUCGCGAUUCCUCAAGAAUCUCUUAGAAAACGUCGAUGCCAAUUGAAGCCAAAUUUUGGGGCUCUUGCCUUGAAGGUGGGAUCUACUCGCAUUGGUAAUCUCCCUCCUGAAAUAUUGGGCCUCAUCUUCACACUCGUUCAUCAAGAUUUAAAGACUCAGAAGGGGGAACUUUUCGAAGGGAUGAGGGCCCUCUCCACAACCUGCAAGGAUUGGCAUCAACUCGUAUCAUCCAUUUCGGAGCUAUGGUCGUUUAUCCACAUCGUGGUCAAUUUUGACCAGGAAGAGAUGCAUAUGACGACACAUUCCCACCUCAGUGCAAUUACCACGUUCCUGAAACUAUCCAGAGAUGUACCACUGUCUCUAACGUUAGAGAAAUAUGGCUCGCCGCGGCGCCCCGAAACCUCUAUUUCCAACCACAUCUCAAAGCAUACAACGGCUGCGUUCCAUCUUCUCUCAAAUGAUUUCCACCGAUGGCGCUCCAUAACUUGCAUAACCAAUCCUCCUGAGGUUCCUUCCAUCCCCGAGGGGUCAGUUGCACCUUAUUUGGAGCACAUAGACAUCAAAUUCCACUCCGACGAAUUACAGGAAGCAGCAUACUGUCAAGCCUUGGUUGCGGCUGCCCCAAAUCUCCGCAGCUACGUCGACAAUCGAUCGCGUCAAUCGAUUUACGGUGUUCCAGACCAAAUGCCAUGGGCACAGCUUCACAAAUUUCAUUUCUCCAGUCUUAUUACAGCAGAAGAAGGUCUCCUUCUUCUGGAUCGAGCGAAAAGUCUUGUUCAGUUCCGCUUCAUGAUGCUUGAGUCUAAGAACUUCUUUCUGGCCAAACCACCCCUCUCCAGAACCACCACCAUGAUCCGAUCUAUGACUAUCUUCUCAGAGCACCCUCGUGAAAUUCAGGAAUUGCUUUCGCGUUUGGACACCCCCAAUCUCUACAGUUUAGACUUACAUUUCAUCGCGUUUGAUUUCACCCGGUUCUUCGUGUCAAAUCUGCCUCAGUACUGCUCCAUCAGUAUCCUCCCAUUCCUGUCAAGUGUGGCAAGCGCUUCCUUCCGAUUAUCAUCUUUGGGACUAUACAACCUAAUCGUUGGCGAGAGCGAGUUCAUUGACUGUCUUCGCAUUUUAUCCCCUUCUCUCACUGAUCUGACAAUACAAACAAACGGAGUCAUUUCUCCACUAAAAGUGGUGACAAAUAAUGUUUUGAAAUCCCUCACUCUCAACGGUUUGACUCGGUCGGACUGGCCGUUGUGUCCUCUUCUGAAAAACCUUACACUUCAACGAUGUGUCGGCGCCGAUGAUGGCGUUCUCAGUGAUAUGGUUCAAUCCAGGCUCUCAUCUCAAACAGCGGUGAAUAUGCCCGAGUCUCACGGGACUGCUGUAGCCUUGACUAUGCUGAGGCGCCUCGAUGUGGUUUUUACCGUUCAUACCCACCAUGUGGAUGAGAAACGGUUGAACGAAUUUUACGAAAAGGGACUAGUACGCGGCGCAGUACAGUUCGCCCCAACUCAAGUUGGAUACUUCCAUGCUUCCAAGCUUUAUAAUAACAGUGGAGGAUUUCAGUGA